AUGGGUUGUGAGAACGACGUCAUCCGUAUUCAGAAGAAGCUUGACAAACAUAUCAAAGGUGAGAGUGUAGAGCCUGUUCUGGAUUUGCUGAAGCGAUUGCAGGAGCUUCCUAUUGACUUGGAUGUCUUGACAAAGACUCGUAUUGGGAUGACUGUCAACUCUCUUCGGAAGUUGAGCAAAGAGGAGGAGGUUGUCACCCUGGCCAAGACAUUGAUCAAGAACUGGAAGAAAUUCUUGGUUGGUGGAGGGAGCAAUAUGGAGGAUUCCAAUCCUGCGAGUGAAAAGAAUUUUAAUGGGUCUGAAUCAAAAGCUCCAGAUCCCAAGAAGAAGCCAGACACUCCAACCCCAAAGACUACUGAAGUAUCUUUUCCUCGAUCUAGUGGUACUACAGACAUAGUUCGCUUGAAGUCCAGAGAGAUGCUUGCCAAUGCAAUUCGUGGUGAAGGGGGUCUACCUGAGGAUUCAAAGGACCCUGAGGAGCUAGCAAAUGACUUGGAAGAUGCUAUUUUCCAAGAGUUCCGAAACACUGAAUUCAAGUACAAGACUAGGAUCCGGAGCCGCAUGAUGAACUUGAGAGACUCUAAGAAUCCUAACCUGAGGCUCAAUUUCUUGCUGGGUCACAUUGCUCCUAGUCGUUUGGCAGUGAUGACCCCUGAGGAGAUGGCCAUCUUUGAUCUUAGCAGUCUGAAGGAUAUGGCAGCAGCCAGCUUGACAAGACAGGUUCUCAUUUCACGACUGGCAGGGCCAUUUCUUCGUACUCCGGAAGUCUUCCCUCAGCAAAUCAGAACAACAUUCAUCCUGAAGAGGCGGAGAGAGCCCUUCCUGUCCAAGAAGUAUGCUGCCUUCCCUCGACCUUUGAAGAGGUCAGAUCUCAAUUACGAGCUAGUCCAAGACACCAACAUCAUCCCUCGUCAACCACUUCAGGUCAUCCUCACUCAGUAUGUUGAAGGCUAUGGUGUGAGAGGGGAUGUUCUCUCUCUGCAGCCACACGAGGCAAGGAAGAACAUUUUGCUUCUUGGAAAAGGUGUCUAUGCAACACCAGAAAACCUGAAAUUGUACGAGAAAGUUGAAGGAGACAAGGAUGAGACACAAACUUACAGCUCCCAAUUUGUACCUCUAACUGUAAAGCAGCUGAAGAAGCAAGUAAUAUGCAUUUACAUGAAUGGAGAGAACCCCUGGACAAUUGAACCUUGGCACCUUCGAGUCUCCCUGCGUGCCUACAAUGUGGUCGUGCCUGAGCAUGCCAUUGAGAUGCCUUCAAUUCCUAUCUCAGGACCCAAUCUCACUCUUGAGGGCAAGGAGUUCUAUGCUACCAUUGUGAUUAAUGGUGUAGACCAUACACCAGUGCGUUUCCGGAUUUACCACCACUUCAAGGACCCAAUGAAGCGCAUUGAACGGGACCCAGAUUUCAUUUUCCACCCUGCCGGGGAAGUGUUUCCAGAACAGAAGGAAGUGCUUGACCAACUCCGUACUCAUCUGUCAGGAAUGUACAAGAAGCUCCAAGAGAAAAGGAAGAAACCCAUCCUUACUUCCCGUCAAAGAAAAAAGGGCAGUGAUCUGACUGAUGUGGGGAUUGUAAAGAGGCUCCCCAAUGUUGAAGUUCUUUCUCUCAGUGUAAACAAGAUCUCCUCCCUGUGGGACUUCCAGCACUGUCGCAACCUGCAGGAGCUCUAUCUGCGAAACAACAGUAUCCGUGAUUUGAAUGAAGUUUGCUACUUGAAGGAUCUUCCUAAACUCCGAUGUCUCUGGUUGGCAGAGAAUCCUUGUGCAGAGGGUGACCUGUAUCGACUGACAGUGUUGAAGCACUUGCCUCGGCUACAGAAACUGGACAAUGAAGUUGUGGAGCCAGAGGAGCUGCAUGAAGCCCAGCAACGUGGCCUUGACCUCAUCCAUCCAUCUGAAAGAACUCAGUAUGGUUCCUACUCCCAGAUGGGUAUCCCUGGAGACAGAAGAAGUCUUUCUUCGAGCGUCAUGGAUCCAGACCCUUAUAGAACCGUGGAAUACACAGAAGCACCCACACGUAGAGUGAGCCAGAUAAGUAAUAGCAGUGGUGGCUGUGUCCCACCAUCAAGGCGGCCAAGUCAGAGCCACUCUGAGCGGGAGGAGGGCAUCCCAUCAAGACGAACGACCCAGGAUUCUUACCCCAUCAAGUUUUUCUAUACUGCGUACCUCUUCGGCCUGAAAAUUGGGGGUCGGAAGCUUUUGACUUCCGUGAAACAGGGUCUUGGACUCAAAAGGAGCUCUGGAUAUGGAGAGAGUGUGUCUAAUCCCUGCCCCGUCCAUCCGCAUGCACCUCAAGCAGGAGAUCCAUAUUCCCCUUCAGCUGACAUAUAUUCCUCAGGGGAUUUCUAUGGCCUGAGUGAUGCAGAGAUGCGCCAGGCUGAACUUCGUCAACAGGCAGCACAGGGAUACAGUGAUGCAUAUAGCCAGGGAAUGCAACAGAUGGAAGGGUACAGGAGGACAUCUUCCAGCCCUGCUCCUUCCACACGCCAGCUUUACAUGGCUCGUCCCAAGAACAGGAAUUCCAACAUCAUGUCAGCAGUGCUAUGCCUGAUCAAGGAACUGGAUAUCCCAAGCCUGGAAGUGGUUGAGAUGGCAGUACGUUCCAGAAUAGAAGAACUUGAGGACUAAACAUCAAAACCUUGACAUUCCGUCUUCCAUAGCAUUCCAUGGCAGUUGUAGAGUGGAAUCAAGAAAUGAUUUAACAGGCUAACAUCACUCACGUGUCAUAGUCAGGAGGAGACACUAAUUUUGAUCGACCUGAUGACAUUGAUUUCAAUCCUGUCCUAAUGGUGAUAACUCAUCUGGUGAUAUAAUUAUUAUGCAUUGUCUAUUUGGUUCUCAUGUUUAAAAUAAGCUGGAAGGGAAUUUACAUAUAGUUUAUAUUUCCCUAGGUAGCAGACAUUUUACAAUGUCAACCCCCCAGCUGCUACUGAGAAGAGUUUCUGAUAUGUAUCUGACUAUUUUAUACUUAUUGAUUUCUAUGUCUCCUCUGACAUUACUCCUAAUCAGGGUAUUUAUACAUGACAGCAUCUCAUCUACUUUCUCUUAUUGCCAGUAUGAAAAUUUAAAUAGAAAAUUGUCAGGAAGUAGGAACUGACAGGAGUCAUCUUUUUUUUUUGAAGUUGUAGAAGAAUUGUUUGUGUUGAGGAGCUCAAGAGCAGUCUGCAAUCACAGGUUUACUCCUGCCAAACUCAGCAGAAAAGGUUUUAUCGAUGAUAUGCUCUUCUCAAUGAAUCUCUCAAACAGUGAUGAAAGUGAUUGUGAAUCCUCUGCUACCUCUAUUAUCUAAAUUGGUACAGUAGCAUUAGCUCUAGUGGUGAAGUCAUUUGGAAUAAUUUAUUUUGCUCUUGCUAUCUGUUUACAAGUGACCCAGAUGAAUGCAACCAGUAAAGACAAGUGUCAUUGUGGUGGGCACUCACAUUGAAACUCACCAUAGCCAGCAAGGAAUGAGUGUUUGACAGAAGCUUCAUUUCUGACUGUCAAUUUAUCCAAUGACUAGGUGUAUAUUGUCCCAGAUGUAAAGCUCUUUAGCUUAGGCCUCAGCUGAUGCACUGGAUGGCAAUGCCAUUGGUUGAAGCAGAAAGCUGUACAUGUUACACCAAGUUGGGCAGAUGUACCCCAACAAAUUCCACCAUGCUAUCAACCAUUCAUCAACUACCCCUCCUAAGCUGCUCAGAGUCUUUGCUAAUUGAAGCAACCAGAUGAUUCAAGGAAUCAUAAUUGCAUGUGUUUUUUUUCAAACACUUCAACUUGGUUGGUGAAGAGCUCCCAAAUGAAUUCAUCAGAGGUCAUUCUGUGUGUUCAGUCACCAGAACCACAUCGCCAAUUGCAUACCUACAAAUCUCCUGAAAUGCUAGACCAUCACGGGUCAAACUUUGUUGACAUGGAGGGCUAUUUUGUACCAAAAUAAGGCUCUAAGGCACUAUUGUGCCAUGUAAGCAUCUUGAAGCAGAGACUUACAAGCUCCAGUGCCCAAAGAUUGAACAGAAUCUGAACACCUCAUGCAUGAAAUUAUGUGCAUCACCAAUAUAUCUCCAUUGCUGUGCUAAGCAUCAAGAAUGGUAGGAUUCUUUCCUCAGAAGAGCUCCAAUGGUACUAUUUUCCAUAAUAUUUAUUAAGGGCAUUCACAUUAGUGGAAAUACAUCAUUAAAGAUACUGAUUCUUCAUGUAUGUCAUCACAUAGUUGUUGGCUGUAAUGGCUCCAUGGCAGCUCUCAUGUUCAAAGUUUCAAUGAUAAC